AUGACAUAUGUUCCCUACCACGCGUACGAAGGCCCAACGGCUCCACCCUCCGAUCUCGGGCGUCCCGGCGACACCUUCCUAGACACUGAAUCAAGCGAGCUGUAUGCGCGGCAAAUCGGCAAGUGGAUGGAAUGGCGAGGACCUGUUCCCAGCAAGAGAACGAUGGCGUCCCAACUCAACGAGACGACUUGGUCAGAGUUCAGAUCGCUGCUCAUAGCUCACCCAGAUUUCCCCCACGCCGAUAGAUUACUGUGGUGUGACGGACAUGAGAUGGGAUGGUUCGGUCGCCCGGCUAUAUCUGGAAAAAGGAAGGAUAUGUUCGAGGAAAUGGAGUUUGGUCUGGACGACGUUGGAAACGGGAGGGCGGUCGUGAAGAGAUUGCUAGAGACGAGGGCGAAAGGAGGCAAACGGGUGCACGAAGACGCUCCUCCUACCGUGAAGUCUCACAAGAAGUCUCGAGCCAAUACCUCCAAGGCUCAAAGAGCGGAUGAUAUCAUUCACUCCGCGACUUCUGUUUCCACAACAAGGACUCUCGACGUUGCGCCCGUGGAUGACAUGAUGAAAGUCUUUGGGAAAGCAAUGGAACACGCACUCGGAGCCCAGGUGCAAACACAAGAGGGUGAGCUGAAGACAGCUCAAGUCAAGAUACAGGCACUAGAACAAAGGAUAUCCGAACUUCAACUCAAGCACGUUAUGGAGCUCAACCGGCUGCAGAACCAGUUAGCUGAUGAGAACGAGCAAAGGCUGCUCGCUGAGACGGGACUUGCUCGCGAGGUCAAAGGUCACAAGAAAGUACAAAAGCGGUACGACAAACUGACAGCCAACGUCCAGCGAAUGCAUUCUGCACGCUCCGAACGACCAUCACACUUUACCCACCUCGCCGUUCGCGCCCAGCACUCGCUUAUUUCCAUCAUGGUCUUUCAUCCCUACGACACCAGACGAGAGCAGUACGAAAUGGUAGCCGGAGGUGCAGCAUUCGUCAUCUCAGGCGCAGUUGACCUUGCGUCUCACAAAAACGACUCUGGACCCGCGUCUCAACGAGUCGUAGCGAUGAGCUUUGAAUCGUUGCCGGAGGUCUUGACUCUGUUCCUCAGCUUUCUGGUAACCAUCACGACGGAGGCUAUUGGCUAUGUUCAUGGUGUAACACUUCGUUCGGCUCUCACCGAAGAGAACCGGCUUCACUUCAAUAACAAGGCGCGGCUCUUUACAGCAACACGCAAACGUCGGAUAACAGGGCCCAAUGGUCUCUAUUGUAACAUUCUAACGGCAGCGCUCUUCAUCCUAUCCACCGUAUCGGCAACCUGUAUCUUUACCAAACAAUCGGAUGAUAAUGCACUCCUUGUCAGUCUUGUCCCCAUGAUUACUUUGGGGAUCUGCCUCGUCGUCCAAGCCUUGAUUGCUGCCUACGGCCUCCACACAACUAGGAUAAUCACAUGGGACAGCACUGCUCUCGGGACUACUCUUGCGCUGUCCCGUCUUCGCAUCAUCCACCACACCAAAGGACGCUGCAUGUGCAAUGUCACUCACCUCGGUAGUGGCCCAUGCCCUCUGAAGCCUUCGCCAUCCCAGCCGUCCGCCUGGCAAGCCCGCCGAGAUGUUCGCGUGACCAUGAUAUCCAUGUGGAUUCUCACGGGCGUUUGCGCAGGAUUCGGCGGGAUCUUCAUGUACAACAGCAGCCCAUACCUCGGCGACAUCGCCCCAACAGGCUGGACUCUCAUCGCGAGACCCGGUUCCCCUUCGGCAAGUGUGUUCCUUCACAACACCGAGGGCCAGGUUUGGUUCUCGCUCUUCGGCCUCCUGUCUAUCAUUCAGGGUUCGCUUGCACUCGCACUCCACCAAGCCGGCAAUGUCGCCAGUGCACUGCGCGACGAGCAAGUCUGGAGAGAAACGACCAGUGCUAAGGGAUCGCCGCUGGAGACGAGCAUUAUUCGAGCCAUUCUCAGUCCCCCCUACUUGCUGCUACUAGCCUCGAAGCCUAUCCUUCACUGGAUGAUGAGUUUGGCCAACACCGUAGUGAUAGGGCUCGAGAAUCCUGGAGAGCUAGCUUGGCACUACGUUUACCUGAACGCAUAUCAAUACUGGAAUCUGAGCAUUGCAGCUGCCGUUCUGUCUGCAGUCUUCACGGUUCUGGUUCUUCUUCGCCCCCGAGGACCGCAGCCAGCUGCCUAUGGUCACUUCCAGACGCUCGCAAAUCUUAUCGAUGAGUGGCCUGACCAGGGCGACGAACAGAGCCGUCUCUUCUGGGGCCACAAAGGAGAAUACAAAGAAGAACUGGAUGAUGACGUCAAAACAGUAUUUCACGCUGGAACGAGCGAGAAGCCAUUGGAGACAGUGAGGAUUGGUGAAACAUACGCGUAA